GCGGUUGAUCGAUCAGAGGAAGAGCCAUCGUUUUGCAAAAUGUUGCCGAGGUUUUUUGUUUUUCAAGGUUUAGGGCCGAAUCGGAGCAGUAGCAAUGAAGCCGAUUAGAUUGAUGCAGCGAGUCGCAUCCUUGUCUGUGUCAGGCGGUGGAUUGCCGCUGCACAGGAUCGGUGCAAGCGAUGUCUGCCGUGGUUGGAUUAAGAAUUUUAGCUCCGAAGCUACGGCCUCGGAUCACUCGGUAUUUUUGAAGGAGGUCGCCGCGCUGGAGCCGCCGGCGUCGCUGCAGGCGCUGCUGAAUGUGCUGCAAGCCAAGGGGGAGAGUGUUGUGUCGCCCUACCAGCGGAAAGGGAUCAUUCCGCUUGCAGUUCCGCUCACGGUGUCGCAGGAUGGCGAUAUGACGGCCCUCCUGCGCUGGCCGACGCCGGGGAGUUCCGUGAAUGUGCCUGUAGUGCGUGUGCAGCGCCAUGGCAUUUUAUUGCUGGCGAAAAGUCCUGAGGAGUAUAUUCACAGGGCUUUGGUGGAGGAGGAUGUGGCGGAAAGCUCUGGCCGAAUUUCGGAAAGCGCAGGGUCGGUCGGGAGGUCGUUGUACCGCCUUGGCGAAUUUAAAGCGUCGAAAAUGAGCAGCAUGGAUGCUUACUUAAUGAAAAAUGUGGGACACUUCCCUGACGUAUUCGAGCGGCUUGCUCUGCGGCAUCUAGAGAAAGGUGAUAAUAUUUCUGCUCUUGUGACAGGGGAGUAUUACGCAAGCAAGAGGCACUUCCCAGGAUUUGGUCGGCCUUAUGUAUUCAAUGCUGAGCUCAUGCUUAAGGUGGGGCGCAAGAAGGAGGCCAGAGAUGCUGCCCGAUGUGCUCUUCGGUCACCGUGGUGGACAUUGGGGUCCAGUUACGCAGAUGUUGCUCGCAUUGCAAACUGCGGCGAGUCGCAAAUAAAAUUGAUGCGAGAACGGGCCUCCGAUGAGGGCCGUCAGGAAGACCUUCUCAAAGGCAAGAGUUUAGAACAGGUGGCGGUAGACCAAGCAGGCGUUUUGUUGGACCUUGCUGCAGUGGAGUGCACAUGGGAUGACGUGCGGGAGCAAUUGGCCAGUCAUUACAAAGAGGGUGGGCUUGAGGAUAUUUCCAGAUUCGUCUCUACUGCCUAGAGUUAGCAGACAUGCGGGAAAUGAGAUGUAAUCUGUACAAUACCUUUAGAUUAAUGUAUCCAAUUCAUACCGAUUCACGUAAGGAUUUAGCAUGACCUAAUAUCACGACAAUAUUAUGAACGUCCCACUGUAGACGGGAUAUCGAAAUAUCCUUGCGGCUUUGGUUUCAGCCAUCUUAGUAGAGAUUAUUAGGUCUCGUUGGGAUGGAGUAGCCUUGGGUCAUUGCAGUUGCAAUCUGCUUCCGCGUGUCCACGCACUAAUAAAAGUCAUGCACUUCUAUGCCUUGCCAGUAAUUAAUUCAUUCAGUUUUUACUCUCUUUUA